AAAUUCAUAAUGCCUUCCAAUUGCCGUUUUAAUGACGUGACUUUCUAAUUUUAAGCUGACAAAAAUUUGUGUUUAUGUUUAAUAUUUUCUUGCAAUUUAAAUAGUAAUUUUUAAUAUAUAUCAUAAAUGGAAUCGAAGUUUCAAGCACAACUAGAAAAAUUAAUGAAACAAGACAGUGUUACAGGUGUUGUAUGUGGAGAUAGUUCUGGAUUGCCUUUAGCUGCGUGUGGUAUAGCAACACAUCGUCAUGCCGGUCUGGUAUCGGCUAUCGCCAAUCAAGCAUCAAAAAUAUUUCCUUCAUUAAAUGAAGUUCCCAUUAUCUGUAUUGAAGGAGAGAAAACAAACUUGUUAAUAAGAAGUGAAGACAAAAUGGUUCUUGGAAUUUUCAAAACUAAAGUUUAAUAUAUUAUCAAUGUUGUGAUAUUUUUCGAUCUUAACUAAAAAUUUUUUUCCAACUUAACUAAAAUAAUCCUAUUGAACUAAAGAAAAAAACUGAAAACUUUUUUUUAAAGAAAAUGGAGGGUGGGGUAGGUAGAGGAGUUGAUGAUUUACAAAUAUUUUUUACUUUUUUAAUUUACGCUCAGAAAAAAAGAUCCCCUUCUAUUUUGUAUAAAAAUGUAUAGUUUUUGGUUAAAUUUACUUUAAAUAACUCUUUUCUAAAAAUAAAUUAUAUAUGCUUGUAACUUAUGCAAAAAACGCCUAAUUGUAUUGUUUAAUUUUUUAUUUGUUUAAAAUUGGUUAUUGUUUUGUAA